CCAGAAUUGCAUCUUCUGUUUUGGAGACUGUGCUGUCCUUCUUGACUCCAGCUGCUUUGUCAAACAGCAGACGAUGAAAUGUCUAUUGCGCGUGCGCGUGCGCGCGUGCGGUCCCCGGACGCACUCGUGCGUCAGUUGAGGAUAAAAACGGGCGGAUCCUAGACCAAGCGCUGACCCUGACUGACUUCGCUGAUAUGGGAACUUUCCGAUUGAGAUGAGUAUCUCUAGUUUACUGUUUCUGGAAAUUGCUUGAAUUUCCUGGCAGUCUCAAGUAGCAGCUUGGAUUUUACAUUCUCCAUCCCGUUGCCGCGUUCCAAAUGGCAAUGAUUUUAGGGUUCAUCUUUCUCUGCAUGCUCCAAGCUGCAAUCCCUCAACAUGUGUCCCCCCGUGGACCCAGGCCGAUACCUGGGCGAGGUGACAGUCCAGGGCCGACUCCACCUCCACUCCCACCUCAGCCCACACCAAGACCUGAAGGUUGUCGGACUGGGAUAAUUGACUGUCCCAUAAAGCUGUUUUUCACCAUCGACACCUCUGAGACCAUCGCCUUACAGGAGUCCCCACCUGGGGCACUGGUGGAAAAAAUUAAGGAGUUCACCAAAAUCUUUGUCCAGAAGUUGGCUGAUGAGGAGUACAAGGGCCUGAUCCAGAUCACCUGGUCCAUAGGAGGCCAGAACUUCUCCCAGGAGCAGUGGGUCUUCAGCCAGUUCACGACCAGGGAGAACUUCAUCAGGAACCUCAGUGGGGUUGAAUACAAGGGCAAAGGCACCUACACCGACUGCGCCCUCAAAAACAUGAUCCACCAAAUGACCCAGCACUAUGCAGGGACAGGGAGCGUCCUCUUCUCUGUGUUCAUUACUGAUGGGCAUGUGACAGGAAAUCCAUGUGGAGGGAUAAAGACGAUGUCAGAGAAGGCCCGGGAGCAAGGGAUCCAUAUUUUCUCAGUGGCAGCAUCCAGGACCAUCGAUGAAUUAGGGAUGAGGGAGAUAGCCAGCUCUCCCUCUGAACUGUACCGCGAUGACUACAUAGCUGUGGAGAUUGAUGAAGGGCGAUCAAAAAUAAAGACUGAAUCCAUCGAUCGUAUCAUAAAAGCCAUGAAACAUCAAGCCUUUUUACAGUGUUAUGAGCAUAAAUGCUAUGAGUCUCCUGGAAUUCCCGGACCAAGAGGGCCUCCAGGUCCAAAAGGUAUAAAAGGAGACAGAGGUCAUAAUGGGCCAAAAGGUGGAAAGGGUAAACAGGGGGAUCCUGGCAUUGAAGGUCCAAUAGGACAACCCGGUCCAAAGGGAGCGACUGGUUUGACAGGUGACAAGGGAGAAAUCGGAGCAAGUGGUGCAAAGGGUGUGGCAGGAGUACCUGGCAGGAAUGGAACCGACGGCCAAAAGGGUAAAAUUGGCCGAAUUGGAGCUCCUGGUUGCAAAGGUGAUCCAGGUGACAAGGGCCCAGAUGGCUACCAUGGAGAUGUUGGUGACACUGGGCUACCUGGUGACAACGGAGAAAAGGGUGACCCAGGCCUCCCUGGAAAACCGGGUCCGCUUGGCCCUGUCGGUAAUCAAGGACCAAAGGGUGAAAGAGGAAAUCCUGGAAAUCCAGGGCCACCAGGAGAAAAGGGACCUCUGGGGGUUCCUGGCUCACCUGGACCAAAAGGCGAAGCGGGAAGGAGAGGAGACUUUGGAACAAAGGGAGCACAAGGUCUUGUUGGGCCAAAAGGAGAAAAGGGAGAUCGAGGGCCACAGGGAGGAAGAGGUCGGCCCGGGGAAGACGGACUCAAGGGCUCAAAGGGAGACCAAGGGCUACCAGGACCAAGGGGCCAGCCAGGAGAACCAGGGGGCCCCGGAGGAAAUGGCACCAUGGGAAAUCCUGGAGAUCCUGGACCAAGGGGAGACUCUGGGAUCCCUGGACCAAAGGGUGACACUGGAAGACCAGGUUUCAGCUAUCCUGGACCGAGAGGAUCCACUGGAGACAAAGGUGAUCCAGGCAGAAGAGGAUCCAGAGGGGGCAGAGGUGAAUGUGGCGCCAAAGGAGAACCUGGAGAUAAAGGACUACUAGGAGAGCCCGGGGAACCAGGUCAGCUGGGUGAGCCAGGAGAGAGAGGACCCAAAGGAGACCCUGGAUCUGCUGGGGACCCGGGACCAGUGGGCGAUCCUGGGCUCACUGACUGUAAUGUCAUGACGUACAUCAGGGAGACGUGUGGUUGUUGUGACUGUGAGAAGCGCUGUGGCGCUCUGGACAUUGUAUUUGUAAUUGAUAGCUCAGAGAGUGUUGGGCUGACGAAUUUCACCCUGGAGAAGAACUUUGUUAUCAACACCAUCAACAGGCUUGGAUCUAUGGCCAAUGACCCUGCGUCACCAACUGGCACAAGAGUUGGAGUUGUACAAUUCAGUCACAACGGGACCUUUGAGGCCAUUCGUCUCGAUGACCCGAACAUAAACUCCAUGUCUGCUUUUAAAACGGCAGUGAAGAAACUGCAGUGGAUUGCUGGGGGCACCUUCACACCCUCAGCCCUCAAGUUCGCCUAUGAUAACCUCAUCAGGGACAGCAAGCGAGCCCGAGCCAAAGUGUCUGUGGUGGUGAUCACAGAUGGCCGCUUUGACCCGCGCGACGAUGAGGAUCUGCUCAAGUACCUUUGCGACGACGACAAUGUGGUGGUGAAUGCCAUUGGGGUUGGUGAUAUGUUUAAAAAGGAACAGGAUGAUGAGAUCCUGGGGUCGAUCGCAUGUGGCAAGAAGGAACGUGUCACCCCGAUGAAGCGUUACAUUGACUUGGUGGCUGACGAUUUCAUAGAAACGAUGGAGACCGUGCUCUGUCCCGAGCCGGUGAUUGUGUGCCCUGAUCUCCCUUGUAAAAGUGAACCUGAUGUUGCUCCGUGUGUCCAGCGGCCAGUGGAUUUGGUAUUUCUACUAGAUGGCUCAGAGCGCCUCGGGGUGGACAACUUCCGGCAUGUCCGUGAGUUUGUGCAGAAGGUGGCAGACAGACUGGGACUGGCCCGCAGCAAGAACGAUCGUAUGCGAGCCCGCUUGGCACUGAUGGAGUUCGGCAAGGAGAACGAGAAUCACGUGGCCUUCCCUCUCACACACGACCCUGCCGUCAUCGCUGAUGGCAUAGCACGCUUGCCUUAUAUGGACUCUUCUUCAAGCGUGGGGCCUGCCAUCAUCCACACCAUCGACAACGUCUUGGGUAAAGGAAAUGCUCGCCAGACGAGACGCAAUGCAGAGGUUUCAUUUGUUUUCAUCACAGAUGGCAUCACUGAAAGCAUCAACCUGGAGGAGGCGGUUAGUGCCAUGCGCGGGGCACAGGUCGUCUCCACAGUGAUAGCCACAGGAAAUGACGUUGACCAAGAAGUCCUAACGAAGCUGGCCAUGGGUGACCAGGACGCCAUCUUUAAAGGAAAAGACUUCUCUGGUCUGUCCCGGUCCAGUUUGUUUGACCGUUUCAUCCAGUGGGUAUGUUAAAGAGAGACCAUGUGGACGUGAAGAUUAUACUGGUGCUACUGCUGUUAAUCAAGCAUUUUAAAUACAGGUUAACUAUGAUUCUACUAUGCACUGUACAAUUUGCAAAUGACGUCACAGCAUUGUGCUUUACUUCAUUUGUCAGGAAAACUGUAUUCAUCCUCAAUAUUUUGUUAUAUGCAAAAACAUAGUACAAGUCGAGCAUUCUUCAUCAACCAUUAAGCUUUACUGAUUUAAGAUAAUAAACCUGCAGUUCAUUGGA